CUCGCUAAACCCCAGAGCUCAACCACCCACCUCCUCGGAGCCAUGGCGACGCGACGAUGCUUGGCCGCCCUGAGCCGCCGCCACCUACGAUCUCUUCUCUCAUCGACCCCCUUGUUCGAUUCUCCGCAAACUCUAGUCCCUCAUUCCCUCGAUCUCCCCGCCUCCAACUGUGCAUCUAUCUCCUUCGUCGCUGCGCAAGGAUUCCAACCAUUUCGGUCCGGCUCGCACCGUUGCUUCUCUUCCCCUCCGAGAAAAUCCUCCGGAGAUGAAGAUAGUGAGGAGGAGGAAGAUGAAGUUGAUGAUGAUGAUGAUGAUGAUGAGGAGGAGGAGGAGGAGGAGGAGGAUGAAGGAGAAUGGGAAGACGAGGACGAUGAUCUACCCGCCGCGAAGGUUGGCGGUCAAAGCGGUAAAACGGAAGCUGAGAAGGUGAAGGAGGCGGCUGAGAUUGGGUACAAGGUAAUAGGGCCUCUCGACCCUUCCGAGAAUCCGUUCAAACCAUAUGAGCCGGUGUUCGCUGUGGUUCAGAUUGGUUCGCAUCAGUUCAAAGUCAGCAAUGGGGAUUCCAUUUUCACUGAAAGGUUGAAGUUUUGCGAUGUUAAUGACAAGCUAAUCUUGAACAGGGUCCUUUUGCUUGGUUCAAAAACUCAGACAAUUGUUGGUAGGCCAAUAUUGCCUGAUGCUGCUGUGCAUGCAGUUGUUGAAGAGCAUGCAUUGGAUGCAAAGGUAAUCAUAUUCAAGAAAAAGAGAAGAAAGAAUUAUCGUCGAACCAAAGGUCAUCGUCAGGAACUGACAAAGCUCCAAAUCACCGAUAUCCAAGGAAUAGACAAGUCUGAAAAUACUGCUGUUGCAGCUGCUUAGUAUUUAUUCAUCAAAGCAAUGGCUUGAAUAGUUAUCUUAUCCCACACAGUCUGACUAGGAUUUGAUAUCUUCUUUCAUGCCACACCUCAACAAUACUUGAAUUGAAGCAUGAGAUAAAUCUCCAAGUCUAUAUCUUUCAGAAGACCUGUUGUCCCACAAGGAAAAAAAGAUUGGACUUGUGCCCAAGUAAAAAAAAAAACACAAAAAUUUCAUUGUUCUUGAGUGUUGCUUGUACUCCAGUGAAUUUUGUGUGGCUGAAUUUUCUUAGCAACCCAUGUAUUAAUUACUGCUGGGAAUUUCAUGUUCUCCAGUUCAUUUCCAUCAGUUUUU